AUGCCACCAAAAAAGAAAACAGAAAAUACAGGCACCAUCCUCAAAUUGAAGAGAUAUACAUCUACUUAUAUAGUAACAAUUGAACCGUCAAAUUCAUUAGAGGAUAUCAAAUAUCAAUUGUGUAACAUUAUUAAUAACUCAGGAGGAUUGCCUACAACUCAAGAUCUGGAUGUGAAGCAUGAAGAUGAAGAAGAUAUUGAAGUCCCUAAAUCAGAAUACAUCGACGAUGUCGAUGAAAUCAAAGAGGAAACACCAGACGAGUCAGCUAUUACCAAGGUGCUGAUAGAUGAUAUACGACUUGCCUAUCCUAAAGAUUCAACUCAAGCAUACUCCAAUAGCUGGAUUGAAUUAGGUGAGGAUGCUGAUUUUGCCGAAUUGAAUUUAAAGGAUUUUGAUAUAUUAGCUUUUGCAUAUGGUCCAGAGGAACAAUUUCAAAUUGUAGAACCAGCUUAUGAGGAAAAUUGA